AUAAAUAAUAAUUUCAUUUCAAUAAAAGAUUACGGUUGGCACAAUUUAUUACCAAAGAUCUGGUAUACCUCAUCAAUCAUCACUCUCUCACCAAAAAACAGAAAAUUAAACCACUUCCCACAACCACCCCACCACCAUCCACCGCCGCCGCGGCGCCGCCGCCGAUGGAAGAGAAACCCAAAAAGAAGAGCAAAAAGCAGAAAAAUCAACACCCCAACCGAUCAAACAACCAAACCCGCCACCGAGUACUCAUUCAAGCCUUGCUCCGAUGUAAAGGGCCUCCGAUUCGGCGGUCAAAUCAUCGUCAAAUCGUUCACGAUACGGCGGGCGCGGCCGCCGGAGAUCCUCCGCCUCCUCUCUCUCCCGCCGGCGGCGAACAAACCCCCCACCCUGGCCUCCGCCGCCGCCUUCCUCCCGACAAACUUCACCAUCCUAGCGCACCACGCGUGGCACACGCUGACACUGGGGCUGGGGACGAAGAAAUCGAAGGUGGUGGUGUUCGUGUUCGAGUCGGAGGGUAUGAAGGCGGCGGUGGAGCGGUCGUGGCCGGCGGAGAUACCGCUGGGGGAGGUGAACAAGAAGCUGAUAAGGGGGCUGACCGGUUGCGAAAUGGCCCGGUUCAAGUUCCGGAAAGGGUGCAUCACUUUCUAUGUCUAUGCCGUCAGGAGAACCGGGAAUCCCGGAUUCCCUUGCGCCGACGAUCUCCGUACUAUUUUGCAGGCGGUGGUGGCGCUCAAGGAUUUCAUCGACCAUACGGCGAUGCUCGCCUUGCCUAAUCAGAGAAGCCUCGGCUACGCGCCGCCGCUCGCCGUCGCUCAUUAAAAUUAGGCAUGUUUUUUUUUUCUUUUUUUUUUAGGGGAACUCUUCAAACAAUUGACUGAACAUAUUUUUUUUUUUUUUUAAUUUCCAUAUUGUUUUUUUUUCUUGAAUUGGCUGUCGGUGAGGAUUAAUGGUGGAAUCGUUCAAUUUUUUUUUAUUUUUUUUUCAACUGUGUAUUUUUAUAUUUUACAUUAAUUAAGAAUGAAUACUUGUGGGAUUCGCAGAUGAAUUAAUCAUUUAAUUUUCUCUGGGACUGAUAUAUAUUAUUAAUA